UGCGCAGUGUCCGAACGUCGCUCUCGUGCGCGGCGCCGUGAUCGACGUACUUCGCCGUUGCCGUUUGUUCCUAUUCCUUCUUCUCUGCAGCGCCUUCUUUCCCGCCGCCGAGAUGCCGCGGAUAAUGAUUAAAGGGGGCGUGUGGCGAAACACCGAGGAUGAAAUUCUUAAAGCAGCUGUAAUGAAAUAUGGAAAAAACCAAUGGUCUCGUAUUGCCUCACUGUUGCACAGAAAAUCAGCAAAGCAGUGCAAAGCCCGAUGGUAUGAAUGGCUGGACCCAAGUAUAAAGAAGACUGAAUGGUCACGAGAAGAAGAAGAGAAAUUGCUGCAUUUGGCUAAACUUAUGCCAACCCAGUGGAGAACUAUUGCACCAAUUAUUGGAAGAACAGCUGCUCAGUGCUUGGAACACUAUGAGUUCCUACUAGAUAAGGCCGCACAAAGAGACAAUGAGGAAGAAACUGCUGAUGAUCCUCGCAAACUUAAACCAGGAGAAAUUGAUCCAAACCCUGAAACGAAGCCAGCUAGGCCAGAUCCUAUUGAUAUGGAUGAAGAUGAACUUGAGAUGCUUUCUGAAGCAAGGGCUCGUUUGGCUAACACUCAGGGAAAGAAAGCCAAAAGGAAAGCAAGAGAAAAGCAGUUGGAAGAAGCUAGACGCCUUGCUGCACUCCAGAAGAGGAGGGAACUUCGAGCUGCAGGGAUUGAGAUCCAGAAAAAAAGGAAAAAGAAAAGAGGAGUGGACUACAAUGCAGAAAUCCCAUUUGAGAAGAAGCCUGCUCCAGGUUUUUAUGAUACAUCAGAAGAAAAUUACCAAGCCCUGGAUGCAGAUUUUAGGAAGCUAAGGCAACAAGACUUAGAUGGGGAACUAAGAUCAGAGAAGGAAGGAAGAGAGAGAAAGAAGGACAAGCAGCAACUGAAACGGAAAAAGGAAUCUGAUUUACCAUCAGCAAUUCUUCAGACUAGUGGUGUGUCAGAAUUCACUAAAAAAAGAAGUAAACUGGUGCUUCCAUCUCCUCAGAUUUCAGAUACAGAACUUGAAGAAGUAGUAAAAGUUGGCCAAGCAAGUGAGAUUGCGCGUCAAACAGCAGAGGAAUCUGGUAUCACAAACUCUGCUUCCAGCACACUCUUGUCAGAGUACAAUGUUACCAACAACAGCAUUGCCCUUCGAACACCCAAAACACCAGCAGCACAGGACAGGAUCCUACAGGAAGCUCAGAACUUGAUGGCUCUUACUAAUGUUGACACUCCAUUGAAAGGUGGUCUUAAUACACCCCUCCAUGAAAGUGACUUCUCUGGGGUAACACCACAGAGACAAGUUGUUCAGACACCAAAUACUGUGCUUUCUACUCCCUUCAGGACUCCUACUCAUGGAGCUGAAGGCCUAACUCCUCACAGUGGGAUGACUCCAAAACCAGUGGUGGGAGUCACUCCAGGCAGAACACCAUUGCGUGAUAAACUGAAUAUUAAUCCUGAAGAGGGAAUGGCAGAUUACAGCGAUCCAUCAUAUACAAAGCAUAUGGAAAGAGAAUCCCGUGAAAAUUUGCGCCUAGGGCUUAUGGGACUUCCUGCUCCAAAGAAUGACUUUGAAAUAGUUCUACCAGAAAAUGCAGAAAAGGAACUUGAGGAUCAUAAUGCAGAUGAAACAUACAUUGAAGAUGCAGCAGAUGCGGAUGCUCGCAAACAGACCAUUCGGGAAAUGGAGCGUAUAAAAGCUCUAAAACGGAUGCACAAGGCAGUUCAGAAAGAUCUGCCAAGACCUUCUGAAGUUAAUGAAACAAUCCUGAGACCUUUAAAUGUAGACCCACCUCUGACAGAUUUACAGAAGAGUGAAGAACUGAUUAAGAAAGAGAUGAUCACCAUGCUUCAUUUCGACCUUGUUCAUCAUCCUUAUGGAGAACUUGCAGGAAACAAAAAAGGGAAAGUCCCAGGAUUUGGAACCAGCAGUACAGAGCACUUAGCUUACCUUGAACAGAAUCCUUAUGAGAAGAUCUCAAAGGAAGAUCUCAAGAGGGCUGAAGAACUCUUGGCUCAAGAAAUGGAAGUAGUGAAGCAAGGGAUGGGACAUGGGGAGCUUUCAAGUGAAGCUUAUAACCAGGUGUGGGAAGAAUGUUACAGCCAGGUAUUAUUCCUUCCUGGACAGAAUCGCUACACACGAGCUAACUUGGCCAGUAAAAAAGACAGAAUUGAAUCACUUGAGAAGAGACUAGAGUGCCCAGUCACUGGGAAGACUGCUUUUCACCUUGUACUAAAGCCUGCAUCCAUGAAGCAAUUAAUACAAGAGCUUUGCAAAGAAAAGAACUGAUACUAGGCCAUCCACGCCUGUCAUCUACAGUGGUGCAUUGUCAUCUUUAAGUUGUUUCACAGUAUAUGUGGAAGUCAUGUCUGCCAUGACUACAAUGUAUUAUUGUUUCUCCUGUUCAAUAGGCAACAUGUGUGAUUCUAAAGAGGUGGGGAUCAUAUAGUGGGGACCAACUUUGAGAAAACAACAGGGGGGACAGAUUGUUUGUGGAUAUUUUAUUAAAGAAUUGACUGUGCAAGGAAACUGUCACCAAAACCCACCUUCAAUGGCCAAAUAAAAUUUGCAUUGGCCCUCAUUUCAUUGUAAAAGAACCUCAUAGUAUAAGAUAUAUUUCCAUUCACUGCUGGCCAGCAGAGUGCACUAUUGCCCUAUGGAAUAUUCAUGAUAGGCUCAUGACAGCCCAAGAUGAACUGUUAAUUGCUUUCUUAUAUGUACAUCAACACAUUUUUUUCUUAUAAAAUCGGCAUGGUGCCUUAAAUAUUUGCUCCUCUCCUGUGGUAGCAUAGGUUAAGGCUGUAAUCCUGUAGACAGCUACUUGGGAGUAACUGGAGUAAGCCCACUUUUAUUAAGCCAUUUAUACAUGUUAUUAAUAUAUCCAUUAAAGAAGGAAAUGGUGACCGAUGGGGGCAGAGCAUGGGUCACCAGAGGUAGUUGCAAGAGAUCACCAAAGGUAGAGCUGUCAGUGGUACCACACCAACAACUCUUUCCACAUUUUGCUACUCUAGUGAAAACUGAGGCAUGCACAUUAAUGUAAAGAUCAGCAGUGCAAACUAAUAUUUUGAGGAAGCAUUCUUAAAAAUUAACCUAGAAGACACCACAAGUUUUAGAAAGAACCACAGGAUCCAGGGGCUACCAAAGCCUUUGAAAACAAAUUGCGAACCCCACAGAUCAGACCCACAGGGAUUUAAAAAACAGAAUUCCCACUUUGUGUGUGCAUAGGACUGUACUUGAGGAUAUAGCUUCAGUUUACUUAAUGUCAGUUUCACAUGCCUCCCCUCCAUGUCCUCUUUAGUACUUCUCUGAGGUCUUCCCACCUUAAAAAGCAGUCCACAUGGUUUUUUCCAUGCUUUUUGUGAGAAGUGGUUUAGAACUCCCAUUCCCAUCUCAAACUUGAAAGCCAGGAUUUCAAGACUCUCCCUUUGGCCCUUGAGACAAUAGGGGGCCGUUGGAUUGUUCCCUUCAUAAACAACUCAGAUUUCUAGUCUUCGCCAAAGCUGAAUGAUUCACUGACUGUUAUUUCUUUCCAAGAGUCCAUUUUCCAGGGAUUUUUAAAGCUAAAAGAAUAUCCUAAGUAGGGUAAUCUGGUGGAGCUGUGAACUAAGUCCUGUAUGCUUCUUUAACACCAAAUCCUAAGCACUGAGCUUUGUUAUUGCCUGUAGAUUAACUAUGCACCAGCCAAAGCCUAGCAAACCACUUGUGCAACAGUGAUGCUUGAGAAAAAAUUACAUAGUCUCAUUGCUACUUGCUGUAAUAGUGGACUCUUUUUUAAAGCAGUGCGGCACAUUGUGUUCUUCAGUUGUGCCUCCUUCUCAGUCUUACAAGCCACAUCAUAAUUUCAGUUGCUAGAACACAGUGCAGUAUUCUGUAUCUGGAUGUCCUGGGUUUCUGAAUGCAACUGGAAGUCGGCACAAACUGGUGUGUUUUGUCAUAUUUGGUAUCAAUUGAAAAUCUUUACUAAAAAUGUGCAGCUUAGUCACAAGUAUGGCUUGGCCAAACUAGUACACCUGGAAGUGUUUUCAUUGGAUAAGUUUGCUGAGGAGGAAUGUGAGUUGAACAGCUAAUGUACAGACCAGCAGGUCAUUCUGCAGAUUUGCCCCACGUCAUGGAGAAUGUACAUAUCAUAUAUUCAUGAAGACAGAAUUGUACACAUUUCCUUUUCUACUCAAGAUGUAUAGUUUUUGAAGCUAGUUCAUCCCUUGACAUUCUUGUAUAUUCCCUAGGAAUCAUAAUCUCCAUGAAACACUGGAGAAUGUGGGUACUUUGGCAUGAUCUGAUCAGAAUUUUGUAAUUUGUCCAUGCAAUAAGCAUAGUCUCCAAGGAAUCUCAGAGAAUGUGCAGGAAUCAGCAGGAUAAUGGGAAGAAAUUUGUUCAUAGUUCAUGUAAUGUAUUUUUCAAGUGAUGUUAGAGAAUGUUGAUAUAUAAUUAGUAACCUGAAUGUUUAAUUCUACACACUGGUGCCAUCUCAAAAUAAAUUAAUCUCUAAACAC